CCGAACGAACACUUCUCCCAAAUCCCUUCCAGAUCGGGGAAACCAUCCAGCCGUCCGCCAUUCCCCCACACCUCGCCGCCGUUCUCCUUCCUGGCUGCUCCCACCUCCAGCCCCACUCUCCCCUCGCCUCCGCCGCUCCCAUCACUGCCGCCGCCGCCCGUAAACCCUCCACCAAAAACGCCCGCAAUGGCCGCCGCGUCUUCCCAGAGCACGCGCAGGACGACGGCGGCGGCGACGACGACGACGACCUCGACCUGCGCCCCGGAGACGGCGAAGGGCGCGCGCGUGUUCCGGAUCGAGGGCUACAACAUGUACAAGGGGCUCGGCGUCGGCCGGUUCAUCCAGUCCGCGCCCUUCGCCGUCGGCGGCUACGACUGGCGCAUCUGCUACUACCCCGACGGCGACGUGGAGUCGAGCAAGGACUGCGUCUCCGUCCACCUCGAGCUCAUGACGGAGGGCGCCGACGUGCGGGCGCUCUACUCGCUCACGCUCAUCCGGCAGGCCACGGCCGCGGGGUCGUCCGCUUACUUCAUGUGGGCGAACCCGACGGAGCCCGUGGUGUUCAGCUCCGCCCAUGGGACCUCCGCCCGGGGCUUCUCCAGGUUCGCCAAGCGGAGCGUGCUCGAGGCGUCGACGUACAUCGUCGGCGACACCAUACUCAUUAGUUGCGAGCUCACUGUUAUCAGGCUGAAGGAAGCGCAGGCGCCGCAGCCCGAGGCGAGGUUCGUGGUCCGAGUGCCGUUUUUGGGCUUGAUGGAUGAUCUUAAGAAUUUGCUGGAGACGGGGGAGGAAGCGGACGUGUCGUUCAAGGUCAGAGACGAGGUUUUCCAUGCGCACAAGCUCAUCCUCGCGAUGCGGUCGCCUGUCUUCAAAGCGACGCUCUACGGGCCGAUGGGGGACAAUUGUGGGGAGAGCAUAACCAUUGAAGAUAUGCAUCCCGUUGCCUUUCGGGGAUUGCUUCAUUUCAUUUACACAGACGAGUUCCCUGAGUUGGACGACAUCGAUGAUGAUGAUGAUGAAGACGAGGAAGAAGAUAUGAUUCAGCAUUUGCUCGUGGCUGCGGAUAGGUAUGGCAUGGAAAGGAUGAAGCUAAUGUGCGAGAGGAUCUUUAGCGAGUGUCUUGAUUCCAAGACUGUGGCGACCACGUUAGCUUUUGCAGACCAAUAUAAUUGCAGCCAGCUUAAAGAUGCUUGCAUUGGGUUUAUCAACUCCUUGGAUACAAUGGAUCCUGUGCUGUCUAGUACAGGGUAUGAGCACCUGAAAAGAGCUUGUCCUAAUAUCUUCGUUGAUAUAUGGGAGAAAGCAGCUAAGGCUCGCAAGAAUUACUCCUUCAAGCUUCAAUGACAGUAGGUAUGUCAGCACCCCUGACAUGGGCGACCCACCUGAUGCCUUACAGGUGGGACCAUCCUGCCAGGCAAGGGAGAAGCGCACUACCGUGCGGAAUCCAAAGUUCUGCGGUGCAGAGUGGGCCCGACAGCUGGCAACAACAACUGCUUCGCCUACUUAAGGCCUUCGUCUCCAACUUGAGAAGUAUCCAGAGGAUCAUGGCGGCGGCAUUGGCUUAGAACUUAGGUUUACUAUCUUGCAAACUGAGAAAUCCUUCCUCUGUAAUCGAUAUUGGAUCUGUAUUGCCACUCUAUAUUCCACCAUAUUGCAGUAGUAGAUCGGGUCCUAACAUCUGGUAUCAGAGACCACCCGCUUCCCUUUCGCUGGCGCCCCUCCCUUUCGUCGAGACCCGUCGCGUUCGUCAAAUGUGCGAUCAGAUCGGGCAGAUGGAUCCAGGCGUCAAGGAGCUGCUGGAACGGCUUUCCGGUACCAUGGAGGACAUGCGGCGUGAGCUGUGCAACAACACGGCUGCAGUCCGCACCCAGGCUUCGCGGAUGGAGGAAUUCGCGGCGUGGUGCCCUGAGAUGGAGGCGCGCGUCGGGAAGCUCUGCGAGGCGGUCACGUCCUUGGAGCGCGGCCGUCUCGGUGAGGACACGGUGACUAACCCCCAGCCGCUUCCGCACUACAACGCCACCGGUGAUCUUGUGGUCGCUGGCGGCAGCGGCUUGGCGGAUCCUCACGGGUCUACGGACCACGGCGAUCCAGCGGCUACACGGGGGUGGGCACCGGUGGGCUUCGUGACACCGGGGGCCCUCCCGGCCAACGAACUGGACAGAAAGAGGAGAUGUGCCAAACCAAAGAUCCUGCGAGAAGUGGAUGUUAUUCCCAUUACCAACAACCCAGCUGCAGCCUAUAUUCCAAACAAGGUAAUCUGUAAUCGACAUUGGAUCUGUAUUCUCUAUAUUCCACCAUACUGUCCCUAACAAGGUAAGAUGAGAGUUUUGUUGUAUGCCCAAAAGAGCCGUCCAUCUGUCUCGGUAGGUUACAGAGCCGGUGGUUCAUCGCCUGCUCGAGGUCGUUGUCGGGUGAAGCACAUCGCAAAA